AUGGCGUUUCCUCACACUCCUAAGAGAGGGAAGGAUUUAUACCAAUUGAUAGACAAACUUAACGAACAUUUUGAUUUAGAUAUCCCCAACCCACAGCUUCACUCACCAUCUCUCGAACCUAAUAGGAAGUCGCUCAGAUGGCGCGUGCAUUUGGGUAUCAAACGGCUUCAUUACGACCGGAAUGUCAACUUAAAUGAGACCCUUAACAACUUCGAGGAGUGGGUGGCAUCUCGACCAGUGUGGGCCAAUGGCAGCUUUCCUUCCAAUACUCGCUUAAAAAGGGACCCGUGCACCUAUGGAUGCUAUGCCAAUGUCCCCGAGUCGGAGCGAGGCGAGCGUCUCAGAUACUUGGCGAAACUGAUCAGGGAUGAAUUGUAUAUCUUGACCAAGGGUUCCUAUUCACCUUUCCUCGAAGGACUUGAUGGGAUCACAGAAGAAGUCACAGAGCAAUCAAGCCCAUCGAAAGGGCUGAAAAGAAGGAUGUCUGAGGAGGAGGACGAAUUUCACACCGCCCCAAAUUCUCCAGUAAACAACCCUGAGUUCGGACCUACUGUGGGGUACACUCAUGAUGAAGAGGGGUGCAAUUUAGAUGCAGGGCCAGCUCAGGUUUUCAAAAGCCCUAAAGUUAAUGAUACAAGGGGACCAUCCGCAUUUUUCCAGAGGUUAACGGCACCUGACCAGUUUCGACGAUACGAUGCAGUGACACCUGCACAUGACGAUCCAAACGUCAGUUUCGCAACUACCGAGCCAACCUCUAUUUUUGAUGCUCGCGAUAAUCAACUUGAUACCUCAUUCAUAUCGACCAUUACGGAUGCCACUGAGCCCAUGUGUGACUCAGUCUACGAGGAUUCGGUGGUGAAUCAUAUGCUUAGCCAAGAGCUGAAAACGGCACUUGAAAGGUCGCAGCCUAUGGGCGAGAGUGUUGUUAAUGAGCCUCCCGAAUCUGUUGAGCAGCGACUGAUAGAUGACCUCCUUCACUGCGGGCCAUUUGCACAGGCAUAUUCCUUUCCAGGCUCACUACCCUUACGAUACCGGUACGAAUUAGAGAGGAUAGGUAGAGCUUGGAAUAUCCCCUUUGACCGCAUGCUUGCUGGUAACAGCAUACCCUUCAAAACACGCGAUGACUUCUGGGAAUGGAUCAAAGAUCACAACCAACGCAAUGGCAAGCCUCUCCCAGAGAAGCCAACCACCAAUGCUUGGGAUUUCGCUAUUGGCAGCUUCGAGACAGAUAAGCAUUCAGAAGUGGUUGUCCUUACAGGCGAUUUAGAAUGGUGCAGCGAACAUGAGCCAGGCAUUUUCAAGCUGAACUUGAAACCAUUGAAGACUGAGAGGACAUGUCGCUUUCAUCGCCGUUUUGGAUCCGACAGAUUUCUUAGCUUGACAAUGCCUGCACCGUCGCGCCCCCCGCGCCAUUUCCCAUUACCAUCUGACCCUUCUCUUCUACGAGAAAGUAUAGCCCUAUGGCUGACACAGAAUGUCCACCGGUGUCUAGGAAGAACAUGGAAGCCUUUCUUUGUGGAAGAGGUCAAGUCGAAACGUAAAGUGAAGGCAGAGCCGAAGUUCAGGGUGGACUUCUUUGCAAUUGAUGGCGUGGACUUUGAUAAGAGCCCGCACGCACCUCCCAUACCUCCCGCGAAUCAAAACAGUGAGAACCACACCCCCAUGAGCUUGGACUCUCUGUUAGACUGGCAUAUGUCGCGAGACGAGAAUAUAAAGCAGAAAAACUGCAAACUUUUCCAGCGUAUCUCAUUGGGGCUUUCGAAGACUUUUGCCACUAUUACUUUGAAGCCAUCACAGGUCCUUCAUCUAGCAGACCCCCCUAACCCACCGGUAAUGAAUGAUGGUUGCGCUUUGAUGUCUAGGGGUCUAGCCAACCGGAUAUGUGACUCUUUAGGCAUUACCGGGACCACUCCUAGUGCAUUUCAGGGCCGAAUUGCCGGGGCCAAGGGUCUGUGGAUGGUAGAUAAGCAUGAUUCUAAUAUCUCAACAGGCAGUAAUGUGUGGAUUCAGAUAUCUGAUUCGCAGUUGAAAAUCGAACCCCACCCAGCGGGCUGGCAAGAGCCUGUAGAUGAAGCAAAGCUCACUUUUGAAGUUGUAAAAUGGUCCAAACCCUUACAUACAGUGGACCUGAACACUCAACUUCUGGCUAUUUUAGAGCACGGAGGGCAUAUUAGGGAAUACGUCGCUGAUCUCACGCGAGCUGGGAUCAGGGCGGUAUAUGAAGACUUUGCUACUGUGGUCCAGUCGGACAGUCCCGUUCUUUGUCGCAGUCUAAUACAAAAGAUAAGGCCACCAGCAGAAAGCAGUAACAUUGCAAUGCUUCACAAGGUCAGACGGUUGGAUGAAUGGACGGCUGAUGAUGCGGAGGCUGUUAUUCGACUGACAGAGGCAGGCUUUGGACCUCGGACUUUCCACUAUCUUCGGAAGCGUCUGAGGAGAUGUCUAAUAGAUCUGCUAGAUCAAUAUGUAGACCAGCUACACAUUGAGGUACCUCUUUCCACAUAUGCAUUCUGCAUCGCGGACCCAUAUGGAGUCCUGAAAGAGGACGAAGUUCACUUUGGCUUCUCUACUAACUGGCGUGACCCUGAAGGUGAAUUCGAAGACACUCUUCUCGACGGUAUGGAUGUUCUUGUAGCUCGGCUCCCCGCACAUCUCCCGUCCGAUAUCCAGCGCCGAAGGGCUGUGUGGAAGCCAGAGCUCCGGCAUUUCAAAGAUGUCAUUGUUUUCCCUACUGUUGGGACAACGCCUCUAGCACACAUGCUGUCUGGUGGGGAUUACGAUGGAGAUAUGCCGUGGGUUUGCUGGGACCAGAAUAUUGUACAAAAGUUUCGUAAUUCCGACCUAUCCAUCAUGGAUUACCCUGCAGAGCACUUCGGUCUUGAGACUCAUAAUGUGCCAAUGGAAAAUAUCGACUCAUGGGAUGAGUUUCUUCAAAGCACCUUUACAUUCAACCUGAUCGUGUCUAAUCUGGGAAGGUGUACUGUGGAGCACGAGAAGAUAUCCUACGAUGAAUCGAUCGACUCACCGAAUGCUAAAGAGGUCGCCUGUCUCCUCAGUCAUUUGGUGGACGGUCGUAAAGGAGGGGUCCGCUUAUCAGAAGACGCGUGGCGAGCAUAUCGCAAAAGGGUUAGCCCUAGGGCACGGAAUUUGCCUGCGUACAAGAAUCCAAGCCGAAGACCCAAGCUCACCAAUAUAAUAGACUAUCUGCGGUUCGAAGUCGCUCAGAAAGAGAAGGACAGUGUCCUACGGCUACUAGAGGAGCCAUUGUCUAAAGCGGGGACCACGUAUGAACACGAUAGAGAUCUUACCAGGCCGUGGGACGAGGCACAGACACAGGCCGAGAAAGACCGACUUGAAGGUGGACAACUUCAUGUGAUUCUGAAAAAUGUCGCCCAGGAAAUCGAUGAUCUCUUUCACAGAUGGAUCCGCUCGGUCACCGGCGAAAAUUCAUUCUCAGAUGUCUCGUUAGAGAUCGCUGAUCAGGCUAAAGCCGUUCUACCACCCGAGGGCGACCAUCCCAUGAUCCUCGUCUGGCGAUAUAGUGAAGCUGCAUGGCUUCAAUUGCUCGCUUCAUACUCGUACAAGAAGCAUCCCGAGUCGAGCUUUGUCCUCCAUGCCUUUGGAGAGACAAUAUGCGAAUUAAAAGCCAGUAGUGUACCGUCACGAUCAGUGGUGAAUGAAAUUCUAGCUUGUUACCGGGUGAAUCAGAAAGUGGUCGCAAGGCUGACAGCCGGAGACAUGGUGGAAGACGAAGACAGUGAUGGUGGCGAUGAAUAUGAAGGCGCAGAUGCUAUAGCGAUGCUUCAGGCAACACAACUUUCUGAGGGGUAUUACGACUGUGAUGAUGAUCUGUUCGUGGAGUAAGACUUUGGUCUGUUGGUUUCAUUCGGCGCUUCUCAUAUUUUUGUGGAUUCUCAAUUGGAUAUUAUUUCUAAUGCUGUAAAUACAUAUCCACACUUGUAAACAACUAGAAUCUAUCAUUUUCC